CUUGUACGAAAAAGAGAAAUAAAUAUAUAAAUUUUCUCAAUACGCUUCUCACUAGCCGAUAAUUGCGCCAAGAGUUUUUUACAUCGAGCAAGCUUUCUUCAAGAGACUUUACUAAUUAGAAAUUACUGUCUUUUAUAUUCAAUUUAUAUUUGAUCGAAGAAUUGUGGAAAUUUAUAAUUAAAAUUUCAGAAUCUUGUAUCUUUCUUCGAAAAAUGGAGUCUUCCUCAAAAAUAUAUCCUACAAAAUUCCCGUUACACAUGAAACCAUUGAAAAGAAAUCGCAGUUUAACUCCUUCCGCUCACACGUUUUUCUGACCAAACACUCGUUUCGUUCAUUUUCCGUCUCGGGGAACGUGUGUGUGAUGUAAAUAAAGCGAAGUUUAAUCUCAAGUAAAAUUAACCGCAUCGUCUAACCACGUUGCUCUCUCGUUGCAGGUUUACUGGCGUCUCUGCUGCUCACGCAGGACAACAACGACUUGUCCUGGAACCAACAGCAAUUCGACGAGUCUUCGACAUACAAAAUGCCCAGUGUUUCUCGGAAAAAGAACACAGGCGGCGGUGACAUAAGGAUGUACGGAUGCAACAGAUGCGGAAAAUCUUACAAAGCCGCGACGUCGUUGAGCCGUCACAAACGGCUCGAGUGCGGUGUCGUGCCCUGCGAGGUGUGCCCCAUCUGCAGUCGCAGAUUCAAGCACAAGACUUGACAUGAGCAAACCGUGGCGCAUGUAUUGCGACGACUUUCUUGACACGUCGGUGGAGGACUACUUUGAAGCAAUGAACGAUCCAAAUAAACGUCAGAUCUUCAUGUGCUCUUUAUGCGGCAAUACGUACGCGUGGAGCAGCAGUUUGCGUCGCCAUCAAUUGCAGUGCGGUAACAAAGAGGCGAAGAUCAAGUGUGGAUUUUGCUCGAAAAGAUUUUACAGACGGGACAGACUUAAAGAACACUUAUAUGUGCACCAUUCGAACUUGAAUUCUGAAUGUGAAGCUUGCAAGCAUCAUAACGAUGUUGACAACUCCUUUCUUAUGGACGACUUUAGCGGGGAGGACUUGAACACCAACGAAUUCGACUUUGCCAGUGUGCCACUUCUACAGGGUCGUCAUGUGCCAUUGCAAGAACAACGUUACAUGUGCGGCGAAUGCGGCAAAGGAUACAAGUGGAUGGACAAUUUGCGACGUCACCAGAGACUCGAGUGCGGGCAGCUGCCCAAAUUGAGCUGCAGUAUAUGUUCGAAGAAGUUCUAUCGCCGAUACGAACUAACGAAACAUAUGAGAAUGAAACAUCAUCUAGAAAGACGUGAAAUUUAGCGGUUGGUUCAACGAGGGCCAAUUAGAGUUCGA